UUGCGUACCAUAGUACAGUGCGAACCGAUACAAGUGAUGUGUUAAAAGGUGUCACCGUUACGCGAGUGCAGUGCAAUAUUACAAACAUUAUGACAAAGGAUUAAUACAAUUUUUUCACUGCAGGUCAAAGGCUUUCAUGAUCGGCCACUAUGGUUAUUGUGACACGGGGUGACUACAUCUGGAUCGAACCGACGCCCGGCAAUGAAUUCGACGUGGCGAUCGGCGCCCGCGUCGUCUCCGCCGAGGGGCGACGGAUCGCCGUCCGCGACGACGACGGCGAGGAGCAAUGGCUGUCGCCUGACAGACGCAUCAAGGCGAUGCACGCCACCUCCAUACACGGCGUCGAGGACAUGAUUGGACUCGGGGACCUGCACGAAGCUGGCAUCCUUAGGAACCUUCACAUCAGAUACAAUGAGAACCUCAUCUACACUUACACUGGUUCCAUUCUGGUGGCCGUCAACCCCUACCAAAUCCUUCCAAUCUACACAGCCGAACAAAUCAAACUGUAUAAAGAACGUAAAAUCGGUGAACUACCUCCACAUAUUUUCGCAAUCGGUGACAAUUCCUAUGGUAACAUGAGAAGAUACGGCCAGGAUCAAUGUAUAGUCAUCUCAGGAGAAUCAGGUGCUGGAAAGACUGAAAGUACAAAACUAAUCCUCCAAUACUUGGCCGCCAUCAGCGGCAAACACUCUUGGAUCGAGCAGCAAAUCCUCGAAGCCAAUCCAAUAUUGGAAGCAUUCGGAAACGCCAAGACUGUCCGAAACGACAAUAGCUCACGUUUCGGCAAAUACAUAGACAUUCACUUCAACUCAAACGGUGUUAUUGAAGGUGCUAAAAUAGAGCAGUACUUGUUGGAGAAGAGUAGGAUAGUCUCCCAGAAUCCAGACGAAAGGAACUACCACAUAUUUUACUGUCUGUUGGCUGGACUGGGCAAGGAAGAGAAGAAAAAACUUGAACUAGGUGAUGCCAGCCAAUACAGAUAUCUGACUGGUGGGGGCAGCAUCACUUGCGAAGGCAGAGACGACACCGCCGAGUUUGCAGACAUACGUAGUGCCAUGAAAGUACUCCUGUUCUCCGACCAAGAGAUCUGGGAAAUAAUGAAGCUGCUGGCCGCCUUGUUGCACAUAGGAAAUAUCAAAUACAAGGCCACAGUGGUGGAUAACUUGGAUGCAACUGAAAUUCCCGACCCCACCAAUGUGAAUAGAGUAGCCAAUUUGCUCGGGGUUCCCCCACAACCUCUCAUAGACGCCUUAACUAGGAAGACACUUUUUGCUCACGGAGAGACUGUGGUUUCCACCUUAUCCCGAGAACAAAGUGUCGACGUUAGGGACGCGUUUGUUAAAGGAAUUUACGGCAGGAUGUUCGUGUUGAUAGUCAAGAAAAUCAACGCCGCAAUUUACAGACCAAAAGAACGACAGAGAAGUUCAAUAGGAGUACUGGAUAUCUUCGGUUUUGAAAACUUCAAUCACAAUAGCUUCGAACAGUUUUGUAUUAAUUAUGCCAACGAAAAUCUACAACAGUUCUUCGUUAGGCACAUUUUUAAGUUAGAACAGGAGGAGUAUAAUCUUGAAGGCAUCAAUUGGCAACACAUCGAGUUUGUUGAUAAUCAAGACUCUUUAGACUUAAUUGCCAUAAAACAAUUAAACAUCAUGGCCUUAAUCGAUGAAGAAAGUAAGUUCCCGAAAGGCACUGACCAAACCAUGUUGGCUAAGAUACACAAAACCCACGGAAAUCACAGGAACUACCUCAAACCUAAAUCAGACAUCAAUACUAGCUUUGGUCUUAACCACUUUGCUGGAGUUGUAUUCUAUGACACCAGAGGGUUCCUGGAAAAAAAUCGUGACACCUUCAGUGGCGACCUAUUGCAAUUAAUCACAAUAAGCAAAAACACCUUCCUGCAACAAAUAUUCGCCGAGGACAUCGGCAUGGGAUCCGAAACCAGAAAACGGGCACCAACCCUAUCUACGCAGUUCAAAAAGAGCUUGGACUCUUUGAUGAGAACCCUCUCGAACUGCCAGCCCUUCUUCAUUCGAUGCAUCAAACCCAACGAAUACAAAAAGCCCAUGUUGUUCGACAGAAACCUCUGCUGCAGGCAACUACGUUACUCAGGAAUGAUGGAAACAAUCAGAAUUCGACGUGCCGGUUACCCCAUCAGGCACACCUUCCCCGAAUUCGUGGAGCGAUACAGGUUUUUGAUUCACGGCGUUCCACCGGCCCACAAAACCGAUUGUCGAGCGGCCACGUCCAGAAUUUGUUCGAUUGUUUUAGGUAGAUCUGAUUAUCAACUUGGCCAUACUAAAGUGUUCCUCAAAGACGCCCACGAUUUGUUCCUUGAACAAGAACGAGAUCGAGUGCUAACCAAAAAGAUUCUAAUCCUGCAAAGGUGCAUCAGAGGUUGGGUAUACAGACGAAGGUUCCUCAGGUUGAAGGCUGCAACUAUGACCAUACAGAAAUACUGGAAGGGAUACGUCCAAAGACAGAAGUACAAGAGAAUGAGGGUCGGUUACAUGCGAUUACAGGCUUUAAUACGAGCCAGAGUUUUGUCUCACAGAUUCAGACAUCUGAGAGGUCACAUUGUGGGGUUGCAAGCCCAUGCAAGAGGUUAUUUGGUAAGAAGAGAGUACGGUCACAAAAUGUGGGCAAUCAUCAAGAUCCAGUCACACGUAAGAAGGAUGAUUGCUCAAAGGAAAUACAAGAAGAUUAAAUUUGAACACAGGAAGCAUUUGGAAGCCUUGAAACUGAGAAAGAAGGAGGAACGUGAGCUCAAGGAUGCCGGUAACAAGAGGGCUAAAGAAAUAGCUGAACAAAAUUACAGGGAACGUAUGUACGAACUGGAAAGGAAGGAAAUGGAAUUGGAGAGAGAAGAGAAGCGAAGGGUUGAAAUUAAAAAGAACAUCAUCAACGACGCAGCUAGAAAAGCUGAAGAACCCGUUGACGAUUCGAAACUUGUUGAAGCUAUGUUUGAUUUCCUCCCUGACAGCUCUAGUGAAGCCCCAAUGCCUGGUCGUGAAACAUCAGUUUUCAACGAUUUGCCGUCUCAACCAUCAGAACAUGAAAUAAUUAGUCCAAUGCAGACAAUGUCGGAAGACGAUGAGGAUCUGAGUGAGUUCAAGUUCCAGAAAUUCGCCGCCACCUAUUUCCAAGGCAAUGUUGGACAUCAGUACUCGAGGAAAGCUUUGAAACAUCCUUUAUUACCACUACAAACUCAAGGAGAUCAAUUGGCCGCACAAGCUCUUUGGAUAACAAUUCUUCGAUUCACUGGAGACCUUCCAGAACCAAGAUACCACACAAUGGAUAGAGAUAACACCUCCGUCAUGUCCAAAGUGACAGCAACUCUAGGAAGGAAUUUUAUUAGAAGCAAGGAGUUCCAAGAAGCACAAAUGAUGGGUUUAGACCCCGAGUCAUUCUUAAAACAAAAACCCAGGUCGAUCAGAAACAAAUUGGUUUCUUUGACACUAAAACGUAAAAACAAAUUGGGAGAAGACGUACGUCGAAAACUGCAGGACGAAGAGUACACAGCUGACAGUUAUCAGUCUUGGUUGGAGUCACGACCUACGUCCAAUUUGGAGAAGUUACACUUCAUCAUUGGACACGGUAUUUUAAGGGCCGAACUGCGGGAUGAAAUCUACUGUCAAAUCUGCAAACAACUCACCAACAAUCCGUCCAAGUCUUCCCACGCAAGAGGCUGGAUUCUGCUGUCCUUGUGCGUUGGCUGUUUCGCACCUUCCGAAAGAUUCGUCAGCUACUUGAGGGCAUUCAUCAGGGAGGGCCCUCCAGGUUACGCACCGUACUGCGAAGACCGUUUGAAGAGGACCUUCAACAACGGCACCAGAAAUCAACCGCCCAGUUGGUUGGAGCUUCAAGCUACGAAAUCCAAGAAGCCCAUUAUGCUCCCCAUAACGUUCAUGGACGGCAACACCAAGACGUUGCUGGCGGAUUCGGCGACCACCGCCAGAGAAUUGUGCAACCAACUGUCGGACAAAAUCGGUCUGAAGGACCAGUUCGGAUUUUCCUUGUACAUAGCGUUGUUCGACAAGGUGUCGUCGCUGGGCAGCGGCGGCGACCACGUCAUGGACGCGAUAUCCCAAUGCGAACAGUACGCCAAAGAGCAGGGGGCGCAGGAAAGGAACGCGCCCUGGAGGUUGUUCUUCAGGAAGGAGAUAUUCGCUCCCUGGCACGAGCCAACCGAAGAUCAGGUUGCCACCAAUUUGAUCUAUCAGCAGGUCGUGCGAGGCGUGAAGUUCGGAGAGUACCGGUGCGAUAAAGAGGAGGACCUGGCCAUGAUAGCUGCGCAACAGUACUUCAUCGAGUACAACACCGACAUGAACGUGGAGCGACUGUUGACGCUUUUGCCCAACUACAUCCCGGAUUACUGUUUGACCGGUGUGGAUAAAGCUGUGGACAGGUGGGCCGCUUUGGUCGUCCAAGCCUUCAAGAAGAGCUACUACGUCAAGGAGAAGAUUUCGACGUUGAGGGUGAAGGAGGACGUUGUGAGUUAUGCCAAGUUCAAAUGGCCGUUGUUGUUUUCGCGUUUUUACGAGGCGUACAGGAAUUCUGGGCCUAAUCUGCCCAAAAACGAUGUCAUUAUAGCUGUAAACUGGACCGGCGUCUACGUUGUUGAUGACCAGGAACAAGUACUGCUAGAGCUGUCAUUCCCGGAGAUCACCACAGUUUCAAGUCAAAAAACCAACAAAGUUUUCACGCAGACCUUCAGCUUGAGCACGGUGAGAGGUGAAGAGUUCACCUUCCAAAGUCCCAACGCUGAGGACAUUCGAGAUUUGGUCGUCUACUUCUUGGAGGGACUGAAGAAGAGGUCGAAAUUCGUAAUAGCACUGCAGGACUACAAGGCACCGGGAGAGGGAUCCAGUUUCCUCACGUUCCUCAAAGGGGAUCUGAUAAUUUUAGAAGAGGAUAGUACCGGUGAAACUGUUUUGAAUUCUGGCUGGUGUGUGGGGCGUUGCGAAAGGACGACUGAAAAGGGCGACUUCCCUGCUGAGACCGUCUACGUUUUGCCUUGUAUGUCGAAACCUCCAGCUGAUAUCCUUCAAUUAUUCUCCGUAGAAGGAGCAGAACACGGCAGGCGCCUGAGCCAGCAGUACGUAAAUGGCACCGAGACCAGAGACCGACCCUACACCCUCGCCGAAUACGCGAUCGACCAUUUCCGACCGCCAGUGAAACGCACCAUGUCCAAAGCACUGACCCUCUCGUCGGGUCGCAGGAGCGUCGACGACCUGUGGCGACACUCGCGCGACCCCAUCAAACAGCCGCUGCUCAAGAAGCUGCAGAUGAAGGAGGAGCUCGCUGAGGAGGCCUGCUUCGCCUUCAGUGCCAUCCUGAAGUACAUGGGGGAUCUGCCCUCCAAGAGGCCCAGGCUGGGCAACGAGUACACCGAUCACAUCUUCGACGGGCCCCUGAAACACGAGAUCCUGAGGGAUGAGAUUUACUGUCAAAUCAUGAAGCAACUCACCGACAACAGAAACCGCCUGUCGGAAGAAAGGGGGUGGGAACUCAUGUGGUUGGCCACGGGUCUCUUCACGUGCUCACAAAGCCUCCUCAAGGAGCUGACGACGUUCCUGAGAAGUAGAAGACACCCGAUUUCCCAGGAUUCGUUGCAGAGGUUGCAAAAGACGUUGCGCAACGGUCAGAGGAAGUACCCUCCACACCAGGUGGAGGUCGAAGCCAUACAGCACAAGACCACGCAGAUAUUCCACAAGGUAUACUUCCCGGAUGACACCGACGAAGCUUUCGAAGUCGACUCGAGCACAAGGGCCAAAGACUUCUGUCAGAAUAUUAGUCAGAGACUGAGCCUAAGGUCUAGUGAAGGUUUUAGUUUGUUUGUUAAGAUUGCAGACAAAGUUAUUUCGGUACCUGAAGGUGACUUCUUCUUCGACUUCGUGCGUCACCUAACGGACUGGAUUAGAAAGGCGAGACCCACAAGGGACGGCAUAACUCCUCAGUUCUCCUACCAAGUGUUCUUCAUGAAGAAACUGUGGACAAAUACAGUCCCCGGCAAAGAUAGGAACGCAGACUUGAUAUUCCACUUCCACCAAGAGCUUCCCAAGCUAAUAAGAGGGUACCACAAGUGUUCCAAAGAGGAGGCCUCCAAAUUGGCCGCCUUGGUUUACAGGGUCAGGUUUGGGGAGAGCAAACAGGAGCUUCAGGCAAUACCACAAAUGUUGAGGGAAAUGAUACCUGCAGAUUUGAUAAAAAUUCAAAGCGCCAACGAUUGGAAACGCAGCAUUGUGGCUGCCUACAAUCAAGAUGCUGGUAUGAGUCCGGAGGAUGCCAAAAUCACAUUUUUGAAGGUUGUUUAUCGUUGGCCAACGUUUGGGUCUGCCUUCUUCGAAGUGAAACAAACCACUGAUCCCAAUUACCCCGAAAUGCUUCUGAUAGCUAUUAAUAAACAUGGAGUUAGUCUAAUUCAUCCUCAGUCAAAGGAAAUCUUAGUCACACACCCCUUCACCAGGAUAUCGAAUUGGUCGUCGGGCAACACGUAUUUCCACAUGACCAUCGGGAAUUUGGUGCGGGGCUCGAAGCUCCUGUGCGAAACUUCGCUGGGUUAUAAAAUGGACGAUCUUCUGACCUCUUACAUAUCUUUGAUGCUGACGAACAUGAAUAAACAGAGGAGUAUAAGGAUAAAGUGAUAGGAACGGAGUGUAGACAUAUUUUUUUGUAUAGAACUACGUUGUAUUGUAGAGGUUUUUUUAAUCAACCGUUUGAAUCUGAAUUUAAUAUGAUUGAUCCAAGUUUAUGCAUAUACGAGUUGUUAAAUAUUUUCUAUUGAUAUUAUUUUUGUUUGAGAGAUACACCGGAAAUUAUAGAUCUAUUACGCGUAUAUAUACGUGACUUUAUAAUAUUUUUACAAGUGUUAAGGUAUGAGUAUAUUUAUAUAGGUAUUAUUUAUGUUUUUAUGUAAAUAUUAUAUACAUCACAUUUACCAACUGAAUGAGAGAUUGUAAAUAAGUUAUUAAAAUAUAAUAUUUAUAAUAUA